GUAAACUACGCAUGCGCACUACGGAAGAAAGGUGAUUGACCGGUGUUUAUGUAAACAUCGCCAACGGCAUGUCCUCCGCCAGAUCAAGGGUACUGUCCGUUUUUAAGCAGCUGCAUAGAACAAGGAAAAUCGUAUUUGAAGAUGACCAUCGCGCAUUAGCCGUUAUUCGUGAGAAGAUUAAUGAAGAGUUUAAGAAGCGUAAAGACAUCGAUAAUGAGCAGGAAGUUACUCAGCUGAUCACUUCGGCACAUGACAUUGAGAAGGAACUCAGAACGAGGCUGAUGCAGGCACAAUUAGACCCACAGACCGGAAAUUUCCGACUAAACAUCACAAAAGACACAGAGAUGAAAGACAGACCGGAACCAGGUACCCCGGUGGCGCCGAGGACACGUAGGAAUCGGAAGUGCGAGGAUGAGUCUAAUCCCACAUGAUCACAUUAUGUAGAGACGUGGUUAUCUGUAAAAGAAAUAGGACGUUACAAUAAAACUCCGUCAACUUUGUAGAUAUUCGCCUAUGUUUUAAAUUGCAAUUAUGCCCCUUAUGUUGAGAAACUUCAAAGAUACACUCGCCAACAGAAAUUGUUUCUUGCCUAUGUGUUCGUUACAUUGAAAAUGAAAUAUAUUGUUUAAACGA